UGUGUGGCACAAACUAACCCACCAUUGCUAGACGUGUACUCAUGUUGUAGAUACGCUUUUUCUCCCCGGCUAACACUUAUAGUUGGCCUGAAUAAGAAAGAAGAAACGUUUAGUCGUGUAUAUAAAGUUUCUCAUCCACCAUCUUGGUUAGGACGUAAACUCGUUUCAAGAGGACAUCGCUGCUUCGUCUUCUUCUACAGCUGUGGCUGCCUCAGCAGCCAUGGGCAACUCGUGUGACAGCCGAAGGUCUCAGCAGAUGCACGAGGAUUUCGAACUAAGUAAUACGGCUAGAUCAGCCAUGGGCAACUCGUGUGACAGCCGAAGGUCUCAGCAGAUGCAAGAGGAAUUCGAACUAAGUAAUACGGCUAGAUCAGCCAUGGGCAACUCGUGUGACAGCCGAAGGUCUCAGCAGAUGCACGAGGAAUUCGAACUAAGUAAUACGGCUAGAUACAUUGUACUGCCAACGAGGGAAUUGUGUGAAGACUGUGGAGGGUCGACGUGUAUGGAUAGCUACUACUUAAAGUGUAUGCUUUGCUCGCGAUGCUCACGUGACCUGCCUUGUUACUACUGCAUACUGUUGCUAGAUCACCUCUUGGAGAAAGCCUCGAAUGAAAAAAAAUCGCACGCGGAAGACACGAACGUGAAAGAGCCUGUGGAAGCCUCGUCUAGUUCUCGUAAUGUGUUCGAGACACCGUUUUGCGCGCGCUGCUCACGUGACCGGCCAUGUGACGUCUGCCAACUAUUGGCCUUGGACCGCAGGGAGAAAGCCCAACGACGGCAGCUAGCCGGGCCGAACGGAAAUGCACGUGGAAGAAGAAACUUUAUACCAAGUCGUGACAGUGAACUAAUACAUCUGCCAGAUGUUCACGUGGAAGAAUUCUUCAUGGCUGCUGUUCAUUUCUGUAUGGCCCUGUUCCAUUAAGCGUUUUCUUAGCUGCUCAUGAAAAGCAAGGAUCAAUUAAUGCUACUCCUCCUCCACAUGGAUACAAGUGAGUCUUCUGACAUGACGGCUUUAUUGGCGACCUAAAAUGGCGGCAAAGUGUUAUGUUAUCAGUAAUAUCAUUAAGUCAUAUGUAAUACGUGCCAGUAUAAGAUGAAACCUAUUUCUGAACUAUUUCAAACUUGCUUUGUUUUCACUUUUGUCAAUCCUUCUUUAGAAGUAAUUUGAUGAACUAUAGAAGCAUAAUUUUUCAAGCCCGAAUGUUAAAAUCUUAAGUACAGAACCACAUUCAUGUGGCGAAUGCUGAUUUGUCAUGUAGCUGCCUAUUAGUAUGUCUCAGUAGAUGUUUGUGUUUUUAUUUUGUUGUGCAUCAAUGUGUGUGUGCGCGCGCAUCGAGUAUACGUACGUUUUGCGUGUGGAUUUGUGAGUGUGAUGAUUUGGGCUUGUCUGUGGCUUUGACUAACGAUUUAAAGAUUUUUUGUUUGUUUGAAAGAUUAAAAAUAAUAGAUUUUUUUUAGUUGUGUCUAGUCACAACCUAUUUUAUGGGCUGAACUUUACGAAUGAAAGACACAGGAUUGUAUCUGAAGGAGAUAAAAGAUAUAAAAAUUAAACGU